AUGAGUCAUAGAGUUCAAUUGCUUCUGGGAGCAUACCAUAUGACAUUUCCUUUGAAAAGUGUUGACAAAACGAUUGAGAUGAAAUCUGUUCCAUAUGUAUGUUAUGGCAAUUGUUUGUACAUUGAGUCAAAAAUAGCUAAUGUCACAGGCAUUUCAGGAGUUAAUAGUAAAGGUUCAGUAGAAUAUAAAUCCUUCUGUUAUGCAGUCAAUUCAAUGUUCAUUCCAAACAUUCCUGUCAUAGCAACUCAUUUAGGUAAAUGGGUUCGCAUUAGUCCUCAUAAUUUGAAAGACAUGCAAUUCAGACUUGUUGACUUUCAAGGAGAGCCUGUAGAACUGAAGGCACCAGUGCGAAUGACUGUUGAAGUUGACUUUUUAGAAAAUAUUAAAUGCAACAGCUUACAAGAGAACUCAGAGCUAAAAAUAUAA